UUCCUGCCACAUUCACAUCCUUUGUGAUAAUGUCGGCAGAGUAUGAAGAUAGACCUUCCAGAGACAAUGGCCCCGAGGGCAUGGAGCCAGAUGGGAUCAUUGAGAGCAACUGGAAUGAGAUCGUGGACAGUUUUGAUGACAUGAACCUGGGCGAGAAGCUGCUCAGAGGAAUCUAUGCCUAUGGUUUUGAGAAACCCUCCGCUAUUCAGCAGAGGGCCAUCCUCCCUUGUAUCAAGGGUUACGAUGUGAUUGCACAGGCUCAGUCUGGUACUGGGAAGACUGCCACCUUUGCCAUCUCCAUCCUGCAGCAGAUUGACAUGGAGCUGAAGGGCACACAGGCCCUGGUCCUGGCUCCCACCAGAGAGUUGGCUCAGCAGAUCCAGAAGGUGAUCCUGGCCCUGGGUGACUACAUGGGAGCCUCCUGCCAUGCCUGUAUCGGAGGGACCAACGUCCGUAACGAGGUCACCAAGCUGCAGGCUGAGGCCCCCCACAUAGUGGUGGGGACCCCUGGUCGCGUGUUCGACAUGUUGAACCGCAAAUACCUGGCCUCCAAGAACAUCAAGAUGUUUGUGCUUGAUGAGGCAGAUGAGAUGUUGAGCCGAGGGUUCAAGGACCAGAUCUACGAGAUCUUCCAGAAACUCCCCACCAGCACACAGGUGGUGCUGCUGUCUGCCACCAUGCCCCAGGACGUGCUCGAGGUCACCAAGAAGUUCAUGCGUGAGCCGAUCCGCAUCCUGGUCAAGAAGGAGGAGCUCACCCUGGAGGGUAUCCGCCAGUUCUACAUCAACGUGGAGAAAGAGGAGUGGAAGCUGGACACCCUGUGUGAUCUCUACGAGACCCUGACAAUCACCCAGGCUGUGAUCUUCAUCAACACCAGGAGGAAGGUGGACUGGCUCACUGAGAAGAUGCAUGCCAGGGAUUUUACUGUGUCUGCCCUGCACGGAGACAUGGACCAGAAGGAGAGGGACCUGAUCAUGAGAGAGUUCCGUUCAGGCUCCAGUAGGGUUCUCAUCACCACUGACCUGCUGGCCAGAGGUAUUGAUGUCCAGCAGGUGUCCCUGGUCAUCAACUAUGACCUGCCCACCAACCGGGAGAACUACAUCCACAGGAUUGGUCGAGGGGGUCGUUUUGGCCGCAAGGGCGUUGCAAUCAACAUGGUGACAGAGGAGGACAAGCGCACGCUGAGGGACAUCGAGACGUUCUACAACACCACUGUUGAGGAGAUGCCCAUGAAUGUGGCUGACCUCAUCUAGAUUCUGACGAUUCCCUUCUGCCCCGUCCCAAACCUUGUUUCCCCUCUCAACCCCCUCGGCUUCAACAAAACCCCAAACCCAACAUCCCUCUAUCCCUUAAAACAAGGAUCACUCAGAUCCUAGAGCCCGCCCCCUCUUGACCUGAAAUCCUAUUUCACCCAUGAUUCCCAUCCUUGGGAUUUGAAUACCGACUGGUGUUCUGCUAACUCAUUACAAAUGAUUUCUCUUACACUGGGGGUUCUGUGUUGUCCUCAUAGCCCGUUACUUUAGUAUGGUCAGAUAAGUCUAGUAUAGCGGAAGUCCUACUCCACCCCACACCACUUCCCCUUGUAUUUCCCAAGUCAAAAAUGCAUUGUCUUGAUGGGGUUGUUCCUUGUUUUUUAAACCCCUAACUCCCUGAGAUGGUUCUAAAUGAUGGGGUGCCCACACUAAAGACUGAGGUUUAGAACUGCUACUGGUUGAUUUGUUUUAAGACUCCCAAUAGUUCGAUAGAUGGCACACCCGUGCAUCUUUGCCAUAAUGGCCUUUGUGCAUUUUACAUUUGUUAUUUAGCAGAUGCUCUUAUCCAGAGCGACUUAUAGGAGCAAUUAGUGUUAAGUGCC